AAACUUGAAUCUACCUAACCUCUUAUGUCUUUGUCAGUAAAGCUCAAUUUUGUCUUCAUAAAAAAGUCUUCAUAAAUAAUUUUUCCUACUAAAAACAAGAUCACUGAAACAUAAAUGACCGUUUAAAUUCACUUCUCUGGAUAAUAAAGAAUACAUUUUCAGAAGCAACUGAAGGUAAUGUGGCCCUGCAAAUAACCUCAUAAACAAGAAAAACUAAAAAACAGAUUCAUUCCCAAAGCGAAAAUUACCAAGGCUAGAAUCGGAAACUUUGCGCAUAUAUUAAAAAAUGGAAGAGUACACAAGAGAACCAUGCCCCUGGAGAAUAGUUGAUGACUGUGGUGGUGCUUUCACGAUGGGACUGAUUGGAGGUGGUGUUUUUCAGAGUAUCAAGGGGUUUCGUAACGCCCCAUCAGGAAUAAACAAAAGAUUGAUUGGCAGUUUAACAGCUAUAAAAGCGAGGUCUCCUAUAAUCGCAGGAAAUUUUGCUGUUUGGGGUGGUAUGUUUUCGACGAUAGACUGUGCCUUGAUAGGAAUAAGGAAGAAGGAAGAUCCAUGGAACUCCAUAAUCAGUGGAGCAGCAACAGGAG